AAACACUUCUGUUGGUAUCGAUGUUUCUCCACCUCUAUAAAAUACGCAUACGGGGAUACACUUUUCAUCGGCAUUUUUUAUAGUAAAAUUUUUUUCGUUUAAAGAACUGUUUUUAUUUAAACAUAGAAAUGGGAUAUGAUGAUAGAGAGCGUGACAGGGAGAGACGCCGCCACCGUUCACGUUCCCGCGACCGCCAUCGCGAACGAUCGAGGGACCGUCGUCAUCAUCGAAACUCUAGGCGCAAGCCUUCACUGUACUGGGAUGUGCCGCCACCGGGUUUCGAACAUAUCACCCCAAUGCAGUACAAAGCUAUGCAGGCGUCUGGACAAAUACCGGCAAGUGUUGUGCCAGAUACUCCUCAGACUGCGGUGCCGGUGGUCGGAUCGACAAUCACCCGUCAAGCCCGUCGUCUUUACGUCGGAAACAUUCCGUUUGGCGUCACAGAGGAGGAGAUGAUGGAGUUCUUUAACCAGCAAAUGCAUUUAGUUGGCCUGGCACAGGCAGCGGGCAGUCCAGUCUUGGCCUGUCAAAUAAACCUUGACAAGAACUUUGCUUUCCUUGAGUUCAGGUCCAUUGACGAAACUACCCAAGCCAUGGCAUUUGACGGUAUUAACUUAAAGGGCCAGAGCUUGAAGAUUAGGCGGCCACAUGAUUAUCAACCAAUGCCAGGUAUUACAGAUACACCAGCAAUUAAACCAGCUGUUGUUUCUAGUGGAGUAAUCUCGACGGUAGUUCCAGAUUCGCCGCACAAAAUUUUUAUUGGUGGUCUGCCAAACUAUUUAAAUGACGAUCAGGUUAAGGAACUAUUACUGUCCUUCGGCAAGCUACGCGCGUUUAACCUUGUUAAAGAUGCAGCCACUGGACUAAGUAAGGGGUACGCCUUUUGCGAAUACGUAGAUCUUAGCAUCACGGACCAGUCAAUUGCAGGACUCAAUGGAAUGCAGUUGGGCGAUAAAAAACUCAUUGUUCAACGUGCUAGUGUAGGUGCAAAGAAUGCCCAAAACGCUUCUAACACCACUCAAUCGGUUAUGUUGCAAGUUCCUGGCUUGUCCACAGUUGUUACUUCCGGACCACCGACAGAGGUUCUGUGCUUACUUAACAUGGUGACUCCAGACGAACUUCGUGAUGAAGAGGAAUACGAAGACAUUCUGGAGGACAUUAAGGAAGAAUGCACGAAGUACGGAGUUGUACGUAGUGUUGAAAUACCGCGACCCAUAGAAGGCGUGGAAGUCCCAGGCUGCGGCAAGGUAUUUGUCGAGUUCAACUCUGUUCUCGACUGUCAAAAGGCUCAGCAAGCACUUACUGGAAGAAAAUUCAGCGAUCGUGUCGUUGUUACUUCGUACUUCGAUCCAGACAAAUACCAUAGACGCGAAUUUUAGACAAAAAAUCUUAUUUUUCACAUUUACCGAUUGUCCAAUAAAUAUCAUAUAACAAAAUAAAACAAAAAA